UUUGCAGCUUUUCUAAGAAUUCACCUCUCUUAAUACAAUGACAGACCCUGCCUUUUCUUUGGAUAAUUUGUUUUUUGAAGGACCAGGUACAAAGCAAAAAUAUCUAGAAAAUGAAGAGCCAACAGACUGGUAUUUUGCACCUGUUCCAUAUGCAUUUGAAAUUCCACCUACUCAACAGCUACAAAUGGAAUUGGGAGGGAGUAGCCAAAAAGAAGAAGAUGGUGAUGAAAGUGCCUGCUCAACAUUCAGGAAAAGCUUAUUUAAACCAACCAAUUAUACAUAUGUAAAUCCAAGCAACACUGAGAGUACCAAUGCCAAGAGAGGAACGGACAUGUACUGUAAUAUUACCAACAACAAAGAAAUGAGGAAAGGAGACCCAUGGAAAAAUAAUAUGCAGUUAGCUCAAGAUUCAGAUUUUAAUCUGCUUAGUGUAAAUGAUAUUUUUUCUGCUUAUGGAAAUGGAAUUGAAAAAGCACAGUCAUUUCCUUCUGUUUCAAAGACUUUUAGGAUGGAAGGAACUACAGAAAAAGACUUGAUUUUGAGACCUGUGACUGAAAUCCCUGCCCAGUUUAGAAAUAUUUUCAAAGAAUUCCCUUAUUUUAAUUACAUUCAGUCCAAGGCUCUGGAUGAUCUCCUUUACACAGAUAGAAAUUUUGUGAUCUGUGCGCCAACCGGUUCUGGAAAAACUGUGAUAUUUGAGCUUGCAAUUAUCAGGUUAUUAAUCAAAGUGCAAAUGCCUUGGUUAAAUAUUAAAGUUGUAUAUGUAGCUCCAAUAAAAGCUCUCUGCAGUCAGCGUUUUGAUGACUGGAAAGAAAAAUUUGGACCCAUUGGACUCAUUUGUAAGGAACUAACAGGAGAUACUGCAAUGGAUGACUUGUUUGAAAUACAACAUGCUCACAUUAUUUUGACUACACCAGAAAAAUGGGAUAGCAUGACUAGAAAGUGGCGAGAUAACUCUUUAGUUCAACUAGUGAGAUUGAUCCUCAUUGAUGAGGUACAUAUUGUGAAAGAUGAGAGCCGUGGUGCUACUCUUGAAGUUGUUGUCAGUCGGAUGAAAACUAUUCAGUCUUCUCUUUCACGUGGCUUCGAGAAUCCUGACUCAGUACUUCUCAUGAGGUUUGUGGCAGUUUCUGCCACAAUCCCAAAUGCAGAUGAUAUUGCAGAAUGGCUUUCAGAUGGCAAGGGGCCUGCUGUAUGUCUGAAAAUAGAUGAAAGACACCGACCAGUGAAGCUUCGCAAAAUCGUGCUUGGAUUCCCCUCCAGUAGCAACCAAACGGAAUUCAAAUUUGACUUAGCACUUAACUACAAAGUAGCUAGUGUUAUUCAAACGUAUUCUGAACAAAAGCCAACCCUUGUGUUCUGUGCCACAAGGAAAGGAGUACAGCAGGCGGCUUCUGUCCUAGCAAAAGAUGCUAAAUUUAUUAUGAGUCUUGAACAGAAACAAAGAUUACAAAAGUCUGCAAAUUCAGUAAAAGAAGCCAAACUGAGGGAUCUCUUGACCUAUGGAGUAGCUUAUCAUCAUGCUGGAAUAGAGGCAUCUGAUAGAAAAAUCAUUGAAGCAACUUUCAAUAUGGGAGUCUUGCCAGUUCUUUUUACUACAAGUACACUUGCUAUGGGUGUAAAUUUACCAGCUCACCUGGUAGUUAUAAAAUCAACAAUGCAUUAUGUUGGAGGAAUGUUUCAGGAAUACAGUGAAACGGACAUUUUGCAAAUGAUUGGGCGAGCAGGAAGACCGCAAUUUGAUACAACAGCCACAGCAGUUAUCAUGACAAGGAUAAGUACUAGAGACAAGUAUGUUCAGAUGUUAAAUGGUGCAGAUACAAUAGAAAGCAGUCUGCACACACAUCUCAUUGAACACUUAAACGCUGAAAUUGUGCUCCACACCAUCACGGAUGUGAACAUAGCUUUGGAAUGGAUACGAUCAACUUUCCUUUACAUCAGAGCUUUGAAGAAUCCAGCUCACUAUGGUUUUCCAACUGGAUUGGACAGAAGUGGAAUUGAAGCAAAAUUGCAAGAAUUAUGUUUGAAGAACUUGAAUGAUUUAUCUGCAUUUGAUUUGAUCAAGAUGGAUGAUAAACUCUAUUUCAAGCCAACAGAAACUGGACGACUAAUGGCUUGGUAUUAUAUUGCAUUUGACACCAUGAAAAAGUGUUUUACGAUUCAUGGAAACGAGACUUUACAUGAACUGGUCACAUUGAUCUCCAGCUGCAAUGAAUUUUCAGACAUCAAGUUAAGAACAAAUGAGAAAAAAAUACUGAAUACUUUGAAUAAAGACAAGAACAGGAUAAGCAUAAGAUAUCCAAUGGAAGGAAAGAUAAAAACAAGAGAUAUGAAAGUGAAUUGUCUUAUUCAGGCACAGCUAGGAUGCAUUCCCAUACAAGAUUUCACAUUGACACAAGAUAUAGGGAAGAUUUUCAGAAAUGGCAUAAGGCUUACAAAAUGGUUGUCUGAAUUUCUGGCCUCCCGUCAAAACAACUUUAUUGCAUUAUUAAGCUCUCUGAUUUUAGCCAAGUGCUUCAGGUGUAGACUUUGGGAAAACUCGCUGUAUGUAUCUAAACAACUUGAAAAAAUUGGUAUGACACUGUCAAGUGCAAUGAUGAGUGCUGGUCUGGUAUCCUUUGAAAAAAUAGAAGAUAUAAAUGCAAGAGAACUUGAAUUGAUUUUGAAUAGGCACCCUCCUUUUGGAAAUCAGAUUAAAGAAUCAGUAGCACACCUUCCAAAAUAUGAACUUACUGUAGAGCAGCUAACAAAAUACAAUGAAGCCGUAGCUGAAAUUCUAGUGACGGUCAUAUUAAAGAACUUUGAACAGCUACAGACAAAGAGAACUGCCCCAGAUUUUCACUAUGUGACCUUAAUAAUAGGAGAUAAUGAUAAUCAGGUGGUUUUUAAGCAAAAGAUUACGGAUUCCGCUUUGCUGAAAAUUGGAAAUUGGACUAAAAAGGUUGAAGUGAGAAGAGCUGUUAAGUCUGAAGAGCUUAGCAUAAAUCUAAUCAGUUCUGAAUAUGUUGGACUAGAUAUCCAGAAAAAAUUUAAGGCAUUUUAUCUUGGACCAAAGAGAUUUGGAAAUCAAAUGCUGAACGUACAUGGAACAUUAAAAAGUGAAUGUUCAUCCACUUCCUCAGAAGGAUCAGCAACAGCAGGAAUCAGUAAAGGAGGCCCUCGUAGCCAAGGGAACCUCAGCAUGAAGCACGGGAAUAGGAAAUGCAACCAUCACUGCAAAAAUAAGGAAAUAUGUGGACAUGACUGCUGUAAAAUUGGAGUUUCACAGAAAUAUGAGAUGAGGAAAGAUUCAGAGUUUUCUUCUUAUCUCGCUGAUUUGAGGAACAGAAACACAGAAUCUGCCAUUCCCCCAGCCAAACGAUUAAAGGUGCACAGAUGCGGAAAUACUUUUGCUUGCACUUUGUUAACAGAAUGUCUGUCUAUUUCCAGUUAACAUUUUUAUUAGUAAUAUGGUUACUGCUGUCAAACAUUUGCUAUGAAAUUGGCAGAGAGGAAAAGCUAUAUGCAUUGAUUAAGAAGGUACCCAGAAAAGAUGAAAGACAACCUUGUUAAUG